ACAACAGCCAAACCCCCUAAUUUCCUACACAAAUCAUCAACCAAAACCCAUUUCUCAAUUCGCCAAAACUCAUUCCCCACCUUCGGCAUCUUGGUCCUUGACAACCCAAACACCCACACAACUAAUUAAGCUCACAAGCAACAAUUAAUCCACCAAUUUUCAAGGAUUAGAGAAGCCAACUUACCAAAAAUGCUCAACAAGCAAGCUGGAGCUGGCGGGAUGAGGAGGUGCCGGCGGGAAAAUGGCAGGGGAGCUUCACGAAGAAAACCAGCAGCAGCCGGCGGCAGAGGGGGAGGAAAUAGAGUAGAUCCGACGGCUUUUCUGCAAAAGAAAGAGGUUCUAAGUCCUAGACUCGUUCUUGGGCAAGAGGAGAACAAAAACCAUCAAGUUCUCUUACCAAUUUUUGCAGAUGGGGACGCUGGAAAUGCUGGUGAUGUUCGGCAGCAGCAGGGAGAAGAAAACAGAGCAAACGCGAAAAAUGGCUGGAAGAAAGAAGGAAAGAAAAGAAAAAGGAAAAAGAGAUGAGUCAGCCGGCCUUAUCCAAUAAGAGUUUAACCCCUUUGAAGUUUGAAAAAUUGACAAUUAGGUCCAUUAAUAAUGUUUCUUCAUCAUUAAGUCCCUAACCCAACUUAACGCUCUAGGAAAUUUUGGGGUAUUACACUUUGCUUACCACUUUCAAUGCCAACAAAAUAUGAAUUGAACU